UGUGAAAGGCGAGACUUUCCUCAAGUGUUUCAGUGACUAGAGCUGUGAAUCUGUCAAAUCUGUAAGCAGUUCUACACAUCUCCAUUCUCUCCAUUUUUAACAACUCACAGAAACAUGCCAAAAGAGAGGAUCCCCCAUGCUGAACCAAGCAGAAAGCUCUAUGAGCACAGGAAAAGUCUCCUGCAGGAACUGAAAAGGUCAUAUGAUGCAAGUGAAGAGCCUGAUAAACAGCAGUUGUGGGAAAUGAUCACGGAUGAACUGCAAGACAUCCUGAAGAAAUACACCUUAGACUUCUCAAAAGAACAAAUGAAGAUCUUCAAUGACCCUAUUCAUGGUCACAUUGCUCUGCACCCCCUGCUGGUGAAAAUCACAGACACUCCUCAGUUUCAGAGACUCAGACACCUCAAACAGCUCGGAGGAACAUAUCUGGUGUAUCCCGGAGCUUCCCACAACCGAUUCGAGCACUCCAUUGGCGUGGCGCAUUUAGCCGGGCGCUUGGUCAAGAGUCUUUAUGACAAUCAGCCGGAGCUCAAAAUCACCAAACAGGAUUUUCUGUGUGUUCAGAUCGCUGGUCUGUGCCAUGAUUUAGGUCAUGGCCCACUUUCACAUGUAUUUGACGCCCUGGUUAUUCCUGAAGCCAAAAAAAUAAAGAAAUUAAAAGGUUUGCCUGAGGAUAUCCCUGAAAGCUGGAAGCAUGAGCAGAUGUCAGUGCAGAUGUUUGACAGCAUUGUGAAGAGUCUAAAUGAGGAGGUGUUGAGGGAACAUGGACUCACUGAUAUUGACGUCAUCUUCAUUAAAGAGUUAAUCGAAGGGGCAAAAGCCUCAGAUGAUGAGUGGCCGUACAAGGGCAGAAAUGUAGAGAAAUCCUUCCUCUACGAGAUUGUGGCAAAUAAACAAAACGGCAUUGAUGUGGACAAAUGGGACUAUUUUGCACGAGACUGUCAUCACCUUGGCAUUCGAAACAGCUUCGACCAUCUCCGACUGCUGAAAUUUGCUCGAGUUUGUGUAGUGAAUGGAAGAAAGCACAUCUGCUUCAGAGACAAGGAGGCUGAUAAUGUCUACGACAUGUUUCGCACCCGAUACACACUCCAUCGCCAGGCCUAUCAACACAAGAUCGGGAAUAUCAUUGAAGACAUGUUUGCUAAAGCACUCCUGCUUGCUGAUCGUGACCUUCAUGAAGAUAGACCUGCAGAUAUGCUGAAAAUUUCUGAAGCCAUAAAGUCAGUGGAGGAUUACUACAAACUUACAGAUGAGAUCUUUGAGCAGAUCUUGUCCUCCACCUCUCCUAAUCUGAAGGAAUCCAGAGACAUCCUGGACAAGAUCAUGAGAAGAAAACUGCCAAAGUUUAUCGGAGAAGCUCGUCUGACUGAGAAGAUCAUGUCAAAGGAAGAGCUACAAAUGACCUGGAAGGCAGCAGUAGAGACGUACACACCAACAGACCCUACUGUUUCCCUGAACGCUGAAGAGCUACCGGUUUAUGUGGUUGAUCUGGAUCACGGCAUGAAGGACAAAAACCCCAUUGAACAUGUUUAUUUCUACAGCAAGAGAAAACCCAAUGAAGCUUCGACCAUUAAGGAUUAUCAGCUGUCCAGUUUCCUGCCCAGGAGGUUUAAUGAAGAGCUGGUCAGAGUUUAUUACGGAGGAUCUGGUGCUGUCAAAGAGGAGGAGAAGAGGAAGAUUGAGGAGGCAGAUAAGUGCUUCCAGACCUGGUGUAGAUCCAGUCUAAGCCUCCAAGCAGCACAGUAACUGACACGUGUG